AUGGACGGCAUACCGCGACUGCAAAGAACAUUCAGGUUCAGGGACUUUGGCGGAGCGCUCAACUUUGCUACCGAGCUGGGAAGGUCCGCGGAUGCAGAGGGACACCACCCGCGUAUCACGUGGAGUGGGGGCGCGUUGGCGUUGACUGGUGGACGCACAAGAUUCGCGGACUGCAUCGCAACGACUUCAUCAUGGCUGCGAAGACCGAUGCUAUGUACGCCGAUGCCGCAGCAACGAGCGAGUAACUCUAUCGCUGAGCUUUGA